AGCUGCUUUUUCCGCGCAUGCUCAGUCGGCUCCGCGCAGCUGUCGGGACAAUGGCCGUCUCUGCCGCAGGAAUAAACAAGCAGGGCGCCCUGACGACCAUGGAGCCCUGCGUCCGGCACGGCAGGGGUGCGAACGGAGGCACAGUCAAGGUGUUGGAGUGCGGCGUCUGCGAGGACGUCUUCUCCCUCCAAGGCGACAAGGUCCCCCGCCUCCUGCUGUGCGGACACACCGUGUGCCACGACUGCCUGACCCGGCUGCCCCUCCACGGCCGAGCAGUCCGCUGUCCCUUCGACAGGCAGGUCACCGAGCUGGGGGACUCUGGAGUGUGGGGUCUAAAGAAGAACUUUGCCCUGCUGGAACUUCUGGAACGACUUCAGAAUGGCACCAGCAACCAGUCGGGCAUGGCGGAGGAUGCUCUGAAAGGGAUGGGAGAGUGCGUCAUCCGCUGCGACGAGGACGAGAGCCACACAGCCAGCAUGUACUGCACGGUGUGCGCCACCCACUUGUGCGCCGAGUGCUCGCAACUCACCCACUCUACCCGCACGCUGGCCAAGCACCGUCGCGUGCCGCUGGCCGACAAGCCCCAUGAGAAGACGCUGUGCCCCCAGCACCAGGUCCACGCCAUCGAGUUUGUGUGUCUGGAGGAGGCGUGUCAGCCGGGGCCGCUCAUGUGCUGCGUGUGCAAGGAGUACGGCAAGCACCAAGGACACAAGCACGCCGUCCUGGAGACGGAGGCCAAUCAGAUCCGAGCAUCCAUCCUGGAUAUGGCGCACUGCAUCCGCACCUUCACAGAGGAAGUGUCCGAGUACUCCAGGAAGCUGGUGGGCAUUGUGCAGCAAAUAGAAGGUGGCGAGCAGAUAGUGGAGGACGGCGUCGGUAUGGCGCAUACGGAACACGUUCCCGGCACAGCAGAGAGCGCUCGCUCCUGCGUGCGCGCCUACUUUGCCGACCUCCACGAGACGCUGUGUCGGCAGGAGGAGAUGGCGCUGAGCGUGGUGGACGCGCACGUGCGUGAGAGGCUGAUCUGGCUGCGGCAGCAGCAGGAGGACAUGACCAUCCUGCUGUCCCAGGUGUCCACCGCCUGCCUGCACUGCGAGAAGACGCUUCAGCAGGACGACUGCAGGGUGGUGCUGGCCAAGCAGGAGAUCAGCUGUUUGCUGGAGACGCUUCAGAAGCAGCAGCAUCAGUUCACAGAGUUGGCUGACCACAUCCAGCUGGACGCCGGCAUCCCGGUCACCUUCACCAAGGAUAACCGGGUCCACAUUGGCCCCAAGAUGGAGAUCCGUGUGGUCACUCUGGGGCUGGACGGCGCUGGGAAAACCACCAUCCUCUUCAAGCUGAAGCAGGAUGAGUUCAUGCAGCCCAUCCCCACCAUCGGUUUCAACGUGGAGACAGUGGAGUAUAAGAACUUGAAGUUCACCAUCUGGGACGUGGGAGGCAAGCACAAGCUGAGACCACUAUGGAAACACUACUAUCUCAACACUCAAGCCGUGGUGUUUGUGAUCGACAGCAGCCACCGGGAUCGUCUCAUGGAGGCGCACAGCGAGCUGGCCAAACUGCUGACGGAGAAGGAGCUCCGAGACGCCCUGCUCCUCAUCUUCGCCAACAAGCAGGACGUGCCUGGCGUGGUGUCUGUGGAGGAGAUGACGGAGCUGCUGAGCCUGCACAAGCUGUGCUGUGGGAGGAGCUGGCACAUCCAGGGCUGCGACGCCCGCAGCGGGAUGGGCCUCCACGAGGGGCUGGAUUGGCUCUCCAGGCAGCUGGUGGCUGCUGGCGUCCUCGAUGUUGCCUAAUAUGUCCACAUACCUGAAACACCCCCCCCGACCCAACCCCACGCACCGCAUGUGACAUCGCUGGAUUGAUGUCGCUGCAAAGAUGGAGGUCUGGUCUGUGAACAGCUCCGACACUUGAAGGUAUGCUUUGAAAAAGCCACCUGUACUACCGCUUUGCUCCUCGUGGGGGAGACAGUGAGUCAUUGAAGCUCUUGUCUCCCAAUAAGCUCCGCUAUAUACACAUCAUAACCACCCUAUGGGACUAUGGAGGAGUUUGGUGCCAAAAUGAAAAAUUCCCUAUUAAUUUUUUUUUAAAUGUAUUAUUACAUUGUCGACUCAAAUCUAGCUAUAAAGAAUGUGGACUGGAAUUAUUUUCCAAUGUUUAUAGUAUGUAAGGACUUAUUAUUCAUGCCAUUUACAUGAAUAAAUAUCAGUCAGCCAUCAAGGUGAAUAAUGAAUAAGGGUUAUCAUUAUUUAGUUUGCAAUUGAAUAAAUUAAUGGACAAUUUAAUACAUUUGUUACUUUGACUUCAUGGAAAAUUUUUCAUUUUGGCCCAAAGAACUCCACAGGUGACGGUCAUGCUAUCAACGUGUGUAUUUCCGAUGUCUUCAUGAAUACAUGAGUGCAGGGAUGGCAGCAAUAGCAGCAUGUGUGUGUGUGUUGACUUGUGUUUGGUCUUAACGUUGUGCUCUCUGUUACAGAACAAUGUUUACUGCUGAUAUAUUAUGUACAGUAUAUAUAUUUAUGCUGCCGGCUCAGCCUCUUUUUGGCUUUGCUUUGUUGCACGUGAAAUGGGUCAACAGCACGUGUUUGCUGCCAGUUGAACUCUGCCGUCUCUUAAGCACCCCCCCCCCCCCCCCAGUAUUAAUCUUGCUACAAACCAAGCCUCUCAGCCUUCCGUGACGUAAUGUGAAAUGACACUCCUUGAGUUGAUUAACUGCUACGUGAUGUUUACUACCUGGAUGAAAUAAUACUGUAUAUACUGUAUGUAUAUUACCAUAAAUGUGGCUGUGAAAGGCCUUUUUCCACAUAGUUUGCAAAAAAAAAAUGUGAAAGCACAAUGCGCCUGGAUGAAAACCUUGUUAGCAUCCGACGUGAUGACUUUUGUAAAUGAUUGAUAUUGUGAUGAUGGAAAAUAAAUUCAUCGACCAGAUUUUUGUCUGCCUGGGA